CCACAAGCAUAACAUAACUGCACAAGCUCUUCAAGAGACACCCACAAUUUUCUCUCUCUCUCUCUCAUCAUGGAACGAAGUAAGUCAAGCUUACAGCCCCCCACAUAUGGAAAACUAAUCACCAUUCUCAGUAUUGAUGGAGGUGGAAUAAGAGGGAUCAUCCCUGGCAUUGUCCUUGGUUUCUUGGAGGCCCAACUACAGGCUCUGGAUGGUGAAGAUGCAAGACUUGCAGACUAUUUUGAUGUGAUUGCAGGAACUAGCACAGGUGGUUUGGUGACUGCCAUGUUAACUACACCCAAUGAGAGGACGAAUCGUCCUUUAUUUUCUGCCAAAGAUAUUAAGGACUUCUAUCUUGAAAACUGCCCUAAAAUAUUUCCACAGAAGAGCUGCCCAUUUGCUCAUAUGGAAAAGAUUAUCAAAACAUUGACAGGACCAAAAUAUGAUGGCAAGUCUCUUCAUACAAUUGUCAAAGAAAAACUAGGAACCACACAAUUACAUCAAACACUUACAAAUGUGGUUAUCCCUACAUUUGACAUCAAAGAAAUGCAGCCAACCAUCUUCUCCACCUAUGAGGUGAAGAACACACCAUCUUUGGAUGCCUUACUCUCAGACAUAUGCAUCAGUACCUCAGCAGCACCAACAUAUCUUCCUGCCCAUUACUUUAAAACCACCACUAGUGCUGAUGGGAGUGAAAGAAAAUUCAACCUCAUUGAUGGUGGUGUGGCUGCUAAUAAUCCGGCUUUGGUGGCUAUGGGUGAAAUAACAAGGGAGGUCGUUAGGGGAAAUCCUGAUUUCUUCCUCAUAAAACCAAUGGACUAUACAAGAUUUCUGGUCAUAUCUUUAGGGACUGGUACAGCUAAAUUUGAACAGAAAUUUCAUGCUAAGGAAUCAGCUAAGUGGGGUAUUUUGGGUUGGUUGCUCACUGGUGGCAAAACUCCAUUAGUGGAAGUGUUUACAAACUCAAGUGGAGACAUGGUUGACUAUCACAUAUCUGUGGUUUUUAAAGCUCUUAACCUAGAAGAUAACUACCUUCGAAUUCAGGAUGAUACACUAGGAGGGACAGUAUCAUCGGUCGACAUUGCUACUAAAGAGAACUUGGAGGAUCUAGUGAAAGUUGGAGAAAACUUGUUAAAGAAACAAGUUUCAAGGGUGAACUUGCAAACGGGUAUCUAUGAACCAGUGAAAGGUCAAGGAACUAAUGAAGAAGCUCUCAUCAAGUUUGCGAAACUACUCUCACGAGAGAAGAGAGAACGAGACAUGAGAUCGCCGCACACUCCACACCACAAAUUGCCAUAUAUAGAACCCAAAUAACUGGGAUAAGGCUGAGUUGUUGUUGUCGUUAUUGAAAAACUCUAAUGGUUUCAGUCUUUGAUCUCUGUUGUUCAUUUUAAAAUAUUCAAUAACCCAAUUGUGGGUUCAUGGUAAAUGGCAUUUGUUGGCCUUGUAAUUGGUCACUAAUUAAAUUUUAUUGGAAUAAUUGGUAUAAGGAAGCGAACUUUCUAUUAAACAAAAAAUAGCUUCCUCUC